AACGCAAAAAUCAAAAUGUUCAAGUAUCUUUUAUUCAUCGCUCUUGUCAUCAGUUGCCUUCUCCAAUUCACAGAAUGCAGGAGAAGAUAUUCGGACGAUGUGUCUACAUUCGGAAGGUAUCAUUCCGAUGACAGCAGCGCUGUGGAAUCCCGUGAAGUCAGUGGAUCAAGCGGAUCCAGUCUGGUGGGUGGAAUGCUGCAGACCGUCGCGAUGGUCUUCAACAACUUCGUCAGUAGCAAUUUGAGAUUCCUGGGAAGCAUCGGCGUCUUCAUAUCGGAGAAGAUCAGCAAGGUCAUCUCCUGGUUUAUCAACCUGAUUAUCAGAUUCUCGCAGUAGACGAUCGACUCGUGAUCUUUUGUUGCCUUUAAUGUUUCCCAAAUAAAAUGUACUGGAUUUA